UUGAUCUCGGAUGACUCUGUAUUAGCCUUAAGAGAUAUGCAUGGAGAUAAUCCACUGCACGCUGCUGCAGUGAUGGGGAACUACGAGGCCGCGGAAAUGCUGGUCACCAGAUAUCCUGACUUGCUCUACCAUUCAGACUGUGUUGACAGAUUCCCCCAUCACUUAGCAGCUUGUUGCGGUCAUAAGAACAUUCUUCAGUUGUUGAUUUCCAAAACCAAUCAUAAUCAUCUCAACAAUCCAUUUGCUGGUGAUGCAGGAUGUGAUCUUCUAGAUUUGAUGAUUUGUGCUGACUUUUUCGAUAUAGCAUUGGAAUUGGUUCACAAGUAUCCUUAUAUGGUCAGGAUGAAUCCUGAGGCUAUUAGUACAGUUCUGGUUAAGAUAGCAGAGAAGGCCACAACAUUCUGUGUCGACGAUCAAUUCAGCUUUUGGAAACGUCUCAUAUACUGGUGUAUUUUGAAGAUGAAUAUGAAGCCAAAAUCAUUUGACAUUGAGAACCAAACUAUUCUAGAUACAGAGCAUCCAUGGUGGCGCAAACUUGUUCUCAAAUUGCACUCUGCGUUCGGCAUUAAUAAGAUAAUGCUGCGUGAGAAAGCACUCGAGCUUGUGAAAUGCUUAUGCAAACACAUGAAAUCGUUAGACUAUGAUACUGCAUCAGAGAUUUGCCGAAAAACCAUUCUAGCCGCAGCCAAAACAGGAAAUCGUGAUGUUGUAGAAGAAAUUGUAGAGGUUUAUCCUCUUGCAAUUUAUUUUACGGAUUCUUCUGGUCAGAGUGUUAUCCGCUUGGCCGUCAAGAACUGCUGUGAGAAAGUGUUCAAUCUCUUGUAUCAAAGCAGACCAUAUGACUAUUCAAAUGAAACCGACAAUUCUGGUAACUCUAUUCUUCACUUGGCCGCACGUUUGGCACCCACUCACAAGCUCAAUUUAGUAUCGGGCGCAGCUCUCCAAAUGCAGCGUGAAUUACAAUGGUUUCGGGAAGCUGCCAUCACAGUUCCCGGCGGCAACAAACAAGACUCUCCUUAUCCUAUCCACAACUCAACUGCGUUUACAGUAUUUGCAGUUUCAGAUGCAGUUUCGCUCUUUACAUCCACCACUUCGCUCUUGAUGUUCUUGUCCAUCCACACAUCACGAUAUGCAGAAGAAGAUUUUUUAAAUGCUUUGCCCAAGCGACUAUGCAUCGGUCUAUUCACCCUUUUUGUCUCCAUCCUAUUCAUGAUGAUUGCCUUUAGUGCGACGGUGUAUCUAGUGUUUGGGCGGAAGAAGUCGUGGGUUCUGUUGCCUGUGGGUGCACUAUCUUGUCUGCCCAUUUCUUCAUUCGUGCUGCUGCAGUACCCACUUCUCAGGGAUGUCAUUUCUUCCACUUAUGGCCAUGGCAUUUUCGGCAAGCAGAAGGAUCGUCCAUUUCCCUAACACACCACUUCAAGAUAUAUCGUUACUUCUCUUGUAUUUUUUUCAUAUCCGGACUCUGA